GAGUCAAUCAAAAACCAAACAACCCCACAAACUCCAACUCCUCUAGCUGUUUUUCUCUCUCUAGACCCCUUCCUUUUUUUAUUCUUUCUCUCUCUCACUCUACCCCAGCCCCAGGCGGCGGAGACUGGUGGUUGGUGGUGGUGGUGGAGAUGUUUCAGGUUUCUUGAACCCACCACUGAAGAAAAAGAUAACCUUUUUUUAGAAAGAAAAUAAAAGUACAACAAAAGGAGCACAUGGAACGAACAGAUUUGCAGAGCAAUAAUAAACAAAGCAGCACUACUACUCCCACCUCCAACACUAGUUCUUCUCACCACCACCACCACCAUCACCUCUCCCACCAUCUCCACCACCAACCCAUGGUGGUCCCAUUUGAUGCUCGAUCUGUAACCCCAUUUAUGGGCUCCAUAUCCAUCCAACCCGGUCCAGCUAACACUCCUACUACUACUAGUGGUGCUUCUUCUUCUCUUUCUUCUCCUUCCAACCAACACCCAACAACCGCCUCCACCUCCUCCGCCACACAGCUAUCUCCGCCGCAUCCACACCUCGUCGACGCCUCCCUCGCCAUCGCCACUAGAUCCGAAGCUCUAACGGAUCUUGCUAAAGAAAACCCUCAGCCUGUCGCUGUGGUUCCUCCUCCCAAGAGGUCAACAAAAGACCGGCAUACUAAAGUCGAUGGCCGUGGUCGGAGAAUUCGAAUGCCGGCGACAUGUGCCGCUAGGGUUUUCCAGUUGACGAGGGAAUUGGGUCAUAAGUCCGAUGGAGAAACAAUUGAGUGGCUGCUACAGCAGGCGGAGACGGCCAUUAUUGCCGCAACCGGCACCGGCACCAUUCCGGCUAACUUUUCCACCUUGAACGUCUCUCUUCGUAGCACCGGAUCCACUCUCUCUGCUCCGCCGUCGAAGUCCGCGCCUCAUCAAUUUCACGGCGCUUUGGCACUUGCUCACCACCCCUUUGAUCAAGAAGGGUUCUCUCAAAUGAUGGGGUUUCAUCAACAUCACCACCAGCAACAACAACAGCAACACCAUCACCAUCAAAAUCCUCAUAUUUUAACAGCUGACCAAAUUGCCGAUGCAAUUUCCACCGGAGGCAACGGCGGAACCGGUGGCGAUUCUACCGAUAAUUAUAUGAGAAAAAGGUACAGAGAAGAUUUGUUCAAAGACGAGAGUAAUCAAAAUCAAGGGGAAGUAACAGUUGGAUCUACGUCACCAUCCAACAAACAAUUCAAAGGAGCCAUGGAAAUGCCAAAACAACAACAAGAAGCCGGAGGACCUUCUUCCGGUAACAAUAUUCUCCGGCACCAUGCUAAUAUGAUGCCGGCAACAGCCAUGUGGGCGGUUGCUCCAGCACCCACCACUGCCACCGGAAACACCUUGUGGAUGCUACCGGUAUCCACCAGCGUCAGUAGCAGCAGCGGCCAACACUCUCAUCUCGCCGGAGCCGCAUCGGAGUCGCAACACCACCACCACCAGCAAAUGUGGCCAUUCCCGACUGCCCAAGCUGUCGGCGGCGGAAACACACUGCAAGCACCACUCCAUUUCAUCCCAAGAAUCAACAUCCCGGCGGCGAAUCUGGAAUUCCAGCAGAAUUCAAGAGCAAAUCCCCUCCAACUGGGAUCAAUGUUGAUGCAGCAGCAGCAACAACAACAACAACAACAACAACAACAACCAUCGCAACAUCUGGGUUUGGGAAUGAGCGAGAGCAAUUUAGGGAUGUUAGCGGCGCUGAAUGCUUAUUCCCGAGGUGGUUUAAACAUGAAUUCCGACCAAAAUCAUCCUCUAGAUCACCAUCACCAUCCAAAUCAAAAUCAAAAUCAACAUCAUUCACAAACUACUGACAGUGGUGAUGAAGACCAAAAUGAUUCUACAUGAGAGACAUAUUGAUGUUGAGUGUUAAAUGAACCAAGAAAUCCAAGAGGUUUGGUGAAAGGAGAGAUAGUAGGUGAUUGAGAUUCAAGAGAGAUUGUAUAGAAGGAUAUAUUGAUUUGUGUUUAGUAUUUAUAAAUUUGGUUUGUUGAUUCCAAUUAAACUCAAAAAAACAAAAUUCAGAAAUGUGAUUCUAAAACAAGUGUUCAAUAAUUACAAUUUUGAUCACAUUAUUUCAUCUA